AUGAUUUGGACAUUAGAAAAUAUCCCAGAUGACCUUCAUUUCGAACUUUCGGAAUUUUUAUUGGAACAAGACUUGCAAAUACUUACUCAGACAUCUCAAAAGUUGCGCCAUAUUUACUGGUCUAAAAAAUGGAAUAAAGUCAGCGUUUUCCAGUCAAAAAAAGACAUGCAUAACUCUUUGUAUACCAAAGUGACAUUAAAUGUGAUGUUACACCCAGAAAAAUACAGCUGGUUUGCUAAUGACCUGGUAGGUGUACUUAGAAUAAAUAUCAAUUCUUUUAUAAAAAUUAUCCCAAUUCUGCCGCCUAUUUUUGACACACCAGAAUUUUUUAAAACUCAAUACCCUAAACUCAGAGCAAUUCAAUUCAUUGAUGAGCGAGACACUAUAUACCUAGAAUCUUAUUUAAAAAAAAAGCAGGGAUUUUCACCAUUUUUAUUUUUCCACGGCAACAUGGUCAUUGUUCAUGCUUUGAUCAAGAGCUUGUUUCACAACAUUGGUGUCAUAUACAUGGACUCGAAGUUUGUUAGAAAAGUUCACCUUGAGCUGAAAAACGGGCCUUUCCAACAAUUACCAGAAAUGCUAAGCAAGCUGCCGUUUUUGAAUUUCUUAAGAAUUGAGGUCCCCUUUAUGUUUGGAAAUAAUUCCAUGCCUAAAAGUUUCCCCGUACUUAUGAAGAGGUUUCCAAGCACCCUUGAAACAUUUCUGCUCCGCUUUUAUCCAAUUUACCCAGAUGAUGAUGAUCAACUAAAUUUUCAAACUCUUGACGAGUUAAGCCCAAUAUCAAGUAAGCUUAUUAUCCCAGAUGUAACAGCUAUAAAUUAUCGUUUCUAUGAUGCCAAGAAGUCUAAUAUCUUCAAUUACUUUAUCUUCCCCAAGUUGACUCACCUUGAGGUGGAAGGAGACUCUAGCUAUUUUAAUAAAUUAGAGCCGUUGCUUUUUGACAAAAUUACAAUCUUGAGACUUUCAUUUUACGGGUUCAUUAAUACAGAUGAUCUUUAUGCGGCAUCUGUUUCGCUCAAAAAGCUCCAGCACCUUCAACGCUUGGGAUUAAAUUAUUUCACAGGAAACUUUGAUCGUUGUAUACCAGAUUUCUGCGCCGUCCUAACCUGUUUAGAAGUACUUCGGUGUACUCCUGGAAAUCGUAAAACAAUGGUGACAAAAAGUGCUCGAGCCAUAGAGAAGCUGCUUAAAAUGGAUGUAAUUACCGGCUAUCAACCAGUUUCCCACAUUUAUACUUUUCGUAAAGAAAUCGCAGGUGCAAUUUUUGAUGUUGUUACAGACCCAUUUAAAGAACAUUAUUUCGAUUCAUUGAAUGAUCCCAUACUGGAUAUAAUUGAUUUAGUUUGGCGAGUGGAAGGUUUGUUUAAAGUCAUUCAAUCUUUAACUAAUAUUCCAUACUUGUAUGUGGAGUCUAGUGAAUAUUCGCCUUUACCAUUUUCUCCAAGCCUUUUAAAAAUCUUAACGUGCCCCGGAACAAUCAAACAGAUGCUUUUUACACAGGUAGCUUUAGAAAAACCAAGUUUACACCCCGUGGUGUUUUUGGAUGAAAAAGAUGAUAUUUGUGAAGCUAAGUUUGAAUAUUUAUACGGAAAAUCCCUCAAACUUCCAUACACUGUUUUCUCACUAAUUGACGGCCCAAAGUAUAGGCUUGAAGAAAAGGUCCAGCAGUACCUUUUUGAUUUAGAACAGAAGAGAGAUUUUGUAGAUAUAAAGAAACAGUUUACUACAGAUUAUGACAUUUCUUUUACUGAUAACUGGGGUCGAGAAUUUGGAACACAAGGUCAAGAUUUUCAUGGAUGGGUUUAA